UAAUACCAUCUUGUUGGAGGCUUCCUUCACUAACCAAAGUCUUGUUCAAUCUCAUACGUAACUAAGACAUUACCAUAAAAUCAAGAGUUGGAUAGAGGGAAAGCUAGAAAAAAUCAAAUGGAUAUGAGUGUUGUUCUUCCUGAAGAGUGUUUAUCCCAAAUCACAUCCCUUACAUCUCCCAGAGAUGCAUGCAGAUUAUCAGCCGUGUCUCCUUUCUUCAAAUCUGCUGCUGAUUCUGAUGCCGUCUGGGAGACGUUUCUGCCAUCAGAUUACGAGGGAAUCAUUUCCAAUUCAGCCUCAUCGUCUCUGUUGAGUACUUGCUCGUCCAAGAAGGAACUUUACUGUCAUCUUUCCCAUAAACCCAUCUUCAUCAACAGUGGCAAUAUGAGCUUUGCACUAGAGAAAGAGAGUGGAAAAGUUUGUUGCAUGGUUGGGGCAAAAGCAGGGAUCUCUGUCACAUGGGGAAGUAAAUCCUAUUGGACAUGGCCAUCUCUACCAGAAUCCAGGUUUCCUGAAGUGGCUGAAUUAAAGCCUGUUUGUUGGUUCGAAGUUAAGGGAAAAAUAGAGACCAAACUUUUGUCCCCUGAAACCACCUAUGCAGCUUACCUUGUGUUCAAGUUUGCUGACUCCAGAAAUGGAUUUGACACCAGACCUGUAGAGUUAUGUUUCUACGUUGGAGGAAUGGAGGAGGAAGAAAGAAGUAAGGUGUUUCUUGACGCUCGGGCGGGUGCGCCCAACCUAUCUCAAGAUCGAGGAGACGGGUGGAUGGAGAUUGAGAUCGGUGAAUUCUUUAAAAAGCAUGGAGAAAAUGAAGGCGUGGUGUAUAAUUUGUUUGAUUUUGAUGGUUUCAGCAGUAAACAUGGCCUGAUUAUAGAAGGAAUUGAGCUGAGGCCUAAAAGUGUUUGAUAAAAGGGGUUUGGACAUAUAUACACAACUUAAUAAUCAUUUCCCCCAAAAUGUAUAGGAUUUAUUUAAAGGACAAAUCUAGUUGUAAAAUUCUACUUACCAAUUAUAUUUUUAAUGAAAUAACAAAUGAUAUAUUCUUAAUAUAUAA